AUGCCGCAGUUUGACGAUCUCCGAGCGUACUUGCCCGCCGACCUUCAAGCUCUAGAACUAUGGAUGGAUGAGGCUAGCAGGCUGGUUAGCGCUGUAAAGAAUCCCGACCCAGUCCUCCCCUUCGACGGAAAAGGGCUUUUCGAUGAAGCGAAUGAAGAAGGAUACCAGAAUCUUGGACGGUUGGCAGAGAUGGUCUUGUCUGCGCUUUCACUAUGCAUGCUGGAUAACGAAUGCAUCUACGUCAAAUCCUGCAAGCCGCUAGCGAAUCGAGAUCGAUUGAAGAAGCUCAUCCAGCAGGCUAGAGUGAGUCAAACAAACAGUAUGUGGGAAGAAGCAGGAGGGGGAGAAGCGACACAAGAACAGCGAAAAAAGAAGGAUUCGUUGCUCGACGCCAUCUUCGCGCUUAUCGAUUACACCUCUGCUAUUCUGGCCAGGCUAUUCGCUCAGGUGGCCGUUGGAAAAUAUUGGUCCGACAACGUCCUGGCCGUGCUGACGCAGAGGGUCGCCAAACUGAAAGUGCUACUAAUCGAUAUGCACGCCAACACGUUGAUUUCCUGUCAGGUUGGUGAGGCCUCUCUCGACCAAACAGACAUCUCCAGUCGCUUGUCGAAUGGAAUCAUGGAUGAGGAAGAGUGCGAAGAGGUCUUGCGCAUGAUCGAUGCCGAGAGCAAGGAGGGUCUGACGACGACCGCUAACGCAGACGUCGCUCGGUACUGCGUUGACCAAAACCGCUUCCGAUCCGGCAUCGAUACGAUUCUGCGCUAUCUAUUGCUCUCGCUCCGAUUCAAUAACCGAUCGGGACUUCAAGCUACGUCUUUUGAGAUUUGUGGCAUGGUUUACGGGACUGGAUUCGAGGACUUCAAGGCUUUGCUCUUCCAGGACCGAGACCUGGAGUAUUCGGCCUCCUCGGAUCAAGAUGCACUCAAAACAGCCUAUCCCGCCUUCAAGAUCUUGAACGAAGCCUUUCACCAGGUGAAACAGAACUGCCCACCCAAGUCUCAAGGUAACCUGCGGACGACGGUGGAAUGGAGGUAUUGCGACGCCCACAACAAGAGAUCCAGUAUCGCAUUGCCGGACAAUGCAAUGAAUGACCUAUCGAGAUGCGAGCCGCAGAAAGCCGUAAUGGAUUCCAUGGCGGACAUCAUCAGUGUCAUGAUUCCUCUGGUACUCACAAGCCCCGUGGUGGUUUCUAACUUGACCAAAUUUCGCGCCUCGUUGGCACUGGCUUGCGAUGCUAAAGACGUUGUCCAACCUUCCAAGAACAAGGACUAUUGCGCUUUCUUUCGCAUGUACACAAACCAGUUCGAGAAAGACAGCCAGUCAUGGGACGUCAUGCGCUUAUCAGCGGCAGUCCAGCAAGGAUUCUUUUCCCGCAACAAUCUCAUUGAAAGAGGGGCCUCUUCCAAGAACGCCGGAAAGGUGCAGAGCAAGUUAGUGGACAGGUCGCGGGAGAUGGAAAGUUGGGUGAUCGACGAGUGCAGCGUCACUGUUGCCUGCAAAUACCAAGUGUGCUCCAUCCUCCUGGUUGCCUUCAUAAUCGCCGGCGGCGGGUUGGCAAUGAUCGCAUGUAAAAACCGCAUCAAAGGAGUUGACCCAUCUAACCUGUCCAUGUAUCUCUGGAUUUUAGCCGGUUUCUACCUCCUGGUACAAAAGAGUCGAUUUGUUGAAGAAUGGCCUUGGAGCGACUUCCUGCGAUUUCGCGUUCGAUGUCGGUCUGUGUCGGAACUGCACGCCAUCUCGGGCAUCAACGAGCAGCUCCUCAUGGCUAAACUCUUACACGACGAGCGUGGUGGAAGCUUGCUCAAAACGCGAGGUCCAUACAACAAAGUUUUCUUGCAGCGCGAUUCCAACGACGGUUUCUCCAUUGAUCGUUCUCUCCACAUGACGACGCUACUGCUUAGCGGGUUGAUCAUGCUCAAAGUCGUGACUCCUCGCGGACAAGCACUAGUCUGUUUAGAUGCGAGACGCGGAACAGAACUCAAGGUCGUUGAACAUCAGGGUAACCAAGCCCAGGAACAUCUACUCUGCGAAGAUAUCGAUCGUUUGCAGGAUCGAUAUGGCCAGAAGAAAUCGAAGGAUCGAAUGAGGUUGCAGUUGGCAAUGUCAAAGGAGUUGAAAUGGAAGAGAGUUCAGGGUGUGUACAAGGGGAUGGAAGCGGAGUUUGUCUGAGAUGAAUAGACUUGGGUGGUGUUGGUCACAGGGCCUGCAGGUUAUUGGAAAAAAGGCGUUUUCGCAAAGAUGAUCUCGCAAUGCUUCUACGCUUUCGCUACGCCAUUGUUAUUGUUAUUACAUUCUUCAGUUUAGAUCUCCUUUUGAAGAUUUAAGAUGCAGGCUUUCUUUUCGCAGCUCUACAAGCUGUUAGUAUGCUCAUCGAGUUGCUUCACUAUAUAGGCAAGGAUAGAAUCUGCGCACCCUGCGCAAUUCAUAGAUCGAGCUCCUGUUCGAUUGAUCAUACCUCUCUUUCCGAUUUGCCUUGGAAACUAGGUACUCCAGCCCCAUAUCCUAAGGAUGUAUUAUAAUGAAACAUAAAUUGCGCAAAACCUCACUAUGAGGCUCAAGUCCGGGCGAAGAGCUGAAACUACGAGGACCCGAGG